AUGUCGAAUCAACAGUCCUAUGAUCAGAACGGCCAAGCCACCUACUCGCGACCACCGCAGCAGUCAUCUUACUCUUCCGACGCUGCAUCCAUGACAAAUUGGCGGCCGUCACAUCCGUAUCAUGCGCACACUCAGUAUGAUGCAUACGAUCCUCGGUUUGCAUACAGCUACAUCGACCCGUCCUCACAUUACAAUUCAUCCUCAGACCAAUCACGCAAAGCCUCCUCGCCGGCGCCGAAAGAUGUAUAUGAGCAUGUACAGAAGCAGAAUCCGUCAGCGUCAUCGUCCCAUUCAGCAGCACGAUCCACGCAGUCAACCACAGACCAAAUAAGUCGCAUGCAGCUUCGGGACGAUGCAUCACAAAGACCGUAUGAUCUGGGCUACGACUAUCAUCGAAAACAACAGCAAAGCCAGCAACAGAUCUCCACGGACUCAAGCUACGGUCGUGCAUCCGGUCAGCUGCUGCAGUAUUCCGAUCACGGCGCUCAUCCGCACUCUUCGCACGCUUCAAAGUCAUUCACGCAGGGUUCGACCUCUGUACAAGACAAUGCUGCCCGUUACGAUCGAUCUGAAUCGAAGUACCAUCAACUGAAGGACGUGGAUCAAGCGAGUCCGGCUAAUGUGUCCACGGCCGACUAUUACCGUAGUAACAGCGCGCACCAGUCUGAAUCUGCUGAUCGACCCGUCUCAUCUUCUGCCAGCGGUAUUAUCAGCUUGUACACGGAUGAUGGCGGCACUCCGCUUGCUGAAACGACAACUACCUUCUCCACCCUUCCCUCGGACACUACCGCUUACUCGGCUCUAUCAUCAAGCAGCGCUGCUCCCGAGCGGAUCCAACCAACACACCAGCCAUCCCAACGAGCCAGUCGUCCGCUUCCCGUAACCCCGGGAGCUCAACGACCACACCAGCCCCCACAACUCAGUCGAGGGACUUCGGCUGAAUCCAAGUACGCGACUGCCGCACCUCUCUCGCCAACCUACCAAGACCAAGGCAGUGGUACCGAGUCGUAUGCACAGCAGGCCUAUUUCAAUUCUGCCUCUCCGAAGCCGGCUGCUUGGUCGUCCCCAGUGUCUCCUCUUGACGUACAACACGCCGCGGCUCGUUCAGCCUCUUCGCGAAUAUAUCCUGCGCCUACCUGGAGCCCAGCCUCGACGGCCCAUGGCACUCCCAACAGCUCUUACAGCCACCGUCCUCUGCCCUCCACGGCCGCAUCCCUAGAUCGUUCCUUUUCACCGCCGCCGCGAGAUGGUGCAAGUGCCUCGCCGCUCUCAGCCUUCCGUUCCCCAUCCUAUACUCAAGCAAGCGCCCAAUCGGCCUGGUCGCAGGCUCAUCAGCAAGGCGAGACAGAUCAACGAAGCAACCGAACCACGUCCGCGAACCAAGCGCAUACCGUUGACUCUUCGUACGACCCGGACUCGUAUGAGGUCUCUAGCCCUGAGCGGAAUGCAAUGCGUCAGCGCACACGUAGCGAGGCAUCGGAUCUGUCGCUCAGGCCAAGUCGGUCUCAUCGUCAGCCAUUGCCUCCCAUUCCCGGUCAGGCCUUCUCGACGUGGCAGAAUGACUCAUUACCACAAGGUAAUUCAAGCAAAGCUGCUGUUCCGCGAUUUUCAGCACCUGAUCAAAACCGAGCCAAAGUUGUUGUGCAGCCCUUGGUACAACGCCAGCCGAGCUAUGCUCAGGCACAACAACCCGUCUCGCGCCCGCCGGUACAGCAGAGAAGCGCAAGCUACAAGAAUGAUGACAAGGGCGACUUUGUUCAGAAAGUCGGCCAUGAGCGAUUCGACUCGCUCGCUUGGGAGCCUGUCAACAACCCACGCUCCAAUGCUACUCAAGCUCUUCAGCCCAAUGCCGGCCCAAGCGGGCCUAAUGCGCUCGAAUGGUCCCUGCUCUCAACCGUGGCCCUUCUUCUGCGCGCCAAUGUGCCGCGCGGGGUCCAGAUUAAGGGCAGCAUCGACUAUCCCAACAGUUUCACUGGCAAAGACGUAGUGUCGACGCUGCAGGAACUACUUGUAUCGGAUGCUGUGGGCUCGCAACACGCUCUUGUACUCUCUGGCGACCCGUCGAGCUUACGUCAUGUGGCCCUUUCUCUGGCAAAGUCGCUCAAGAGCCAGCUCUUUUUCCAUGAAGUUGAUUGGGGUGAAAAGGAGCUGACCGACGACGUCGACGAGGUCUACACUUUCCUCGAGGACAGUCUGGCAGACAUGGGUUCUGCAUCAGAGGAUACCUACGACUGGGCGGCUGGUCUCAACCACAAUGCUGCGUUUGACUCGAGUCUGCAGCUCUCCAUUGGCGACGCAGUACCCCGCAGCAGCCAACGUCGCAAAGCAGGCCGGAUGACGGACCUUGACGACUUGCCUAACGGCGUCUUUACGCCACUCACACAGUGCUACAGUCCACUCUGUCGUCCCGAGAGGUCGUCGUCAUGCUACAGCCCGUCCUGUCCUAACUCUGGCUCGAGCCCCUUGCGUUUGACGGUUACAGAUUUGGACAUCAAAGCUGCCACGCUUGGCGGCAUCCUCGAUCAAGGGCUGUCUGCUGACCAAACACAGAAAAAGGCAUGGGCCGAGAUCGUUCCUCCCGAACUACUCAAGAGCGUCCCGCAGGCCGAGAUCGCUCGACAAAAUGCGAUCCUAGAGACAAUUCAGAAGGAGGAGGAGUUCCUUGCAGAUCUAGAGUUGCUCGAUACCCUCUUCGUGCAGGGCUUGCAGAGACCCAGCGCUGCAGGCGAUCCCCCGCCGUUGCCUAUUGGACCGGAACGUGAUAGCUUCAUCCGCGAAGUCUUUGGUAAUCAUCGCGAGCUGGUCGUCCAUAUCCGCGCCUUGGUCGAGCGUUUGCACAUUCGUCAGAGGGAGGAGAAUCCCAUUGUUCAGACGAUCGGUGAUCUGUUCUUGAGUGCCUCGCUUGACUGGGGAAACGCUUACACGACCUACCUCAUCAAUUAUCCGCUCGCUAUCAGCCGAGUGAAGCGCGAGAUGUCGAUCAAUCCGCGAUUCAAAGCCUUUGUAGAGGCAUGUCGGCGUCAUCCAGCAGCACACAAGCACCCGCUCGAAAACUUCCUCUUUCGGCCUCCAGCACGCCUUCAGAGGUACCAUCUACACCUCGAAUCCAUUCUCAAAAAAACCGAGCAAGGCAAUCACGAUCGCGAUAGCCUGCAGAAUGCCAUCGACAUCAUCAAUGAUCAGUGCAAGACUGCCCAAGCGGGUGUCGAAGCGGCGGAACUCAAGGUCAAGAUCCGUGAGUAUGCCUACAAUCUCUCGGCCAAGAGGAACAAGCAUGCGAUCGAUAUGGAUUUGUUGAACCCGGAGCGUCAACUCAUCCAUCAAGGCAGGGUGCUGCGAAAGCCGGAUGCGUUUGAUUUUGACUGGACCGAGCUCCUGGCGAUUCUCUUUGAUAAUUACUUUAUCGUUGUCAAGCAGAAGCGCAUCGCCGAGGGACCUGACGAUGAUGGCUCGAAUGUUGCCUCUUCGUCAUCGGCAGCCGGGGCUCGCUUCGUGCUUGCGAAACGACCAAUCCCAGUCGAGAUGCUCGAGGUCAGCGGCCUCACAGAGUCAUCCAUCUCACGGUCCAUCGGUCUCAGCAACUUCCACAUUAGCAGGGAACGAGAGGCCCGCGACUUCUGGCCUUUGACAAUUUCGCACCUUGGUGGCAAGAUUGAGCCAGUCACGCUGUACGCGCCCUCCAAAGCCGCGAGAGAUCAGUGGAAGGCCAAGUUGGAUGAGGCGAUUGGCCUGCGGAUGGCCGUUCAGGACAACAGCAAGGUGUUUGACCAGCACAUCCUGAGCGACGACAUCUUUGCCAUUCCGCCCUCUGUGAGCCUGGAACCGGAUAGGCCCAUCGCUGGCGUUGACCCGGGCGUCUUCCACGGACGUGUCACGUGCGCUGUGCCCUUCGUCACCGCCGAUGGAAGGCGGCUCGUGGCUGUGGGAUGUGCCGACGGUGUGUGGAUUGGGCUGCGAAGCGACCCCAAGUCGCUGCGUAAAGUGCUGCACCUUAAGCAUGUGACGCAGUGCGCAGUGCUGGAGUCUUUUGGCAUCUUUGUGGUGCUCGCCGACAAGGUGCUCAUCUCGUACAGUCUCGAGGCACUUGUGCCGACGACAGCCAGCAGCGGAUUGACGCUUCGCCCACCACAAAAGCUGAGUGGCAACCGAGACGUGCUCUUUUUCAACGUUGGCGUGCUCAAGGACCGCACGUUGCUGAUCUACAUGAAGAAGAAGGCCAACGAGAGCGUAUUUCGUGCCCUAGAGCCUGUACUCAACGCACCCCGCGGAACCGAAGGCAAGUCCGGCUCGGGCUUCUUUGGCAAGUUUGGCAAGGACUCGAAGAACUCAGAUUGGUUCCGUAUCUACAAGACCUUCUUUAUUCCUUCAGAGGCGUACUCGAUCCAGUUUCUCAAGUCGAAACUCUGCAUCAUCUGCGCCAAGGGCUUCGAGAUUAUGAACCUCGACAGUCUGUUGCCAGGCACGAUCCCAGACUUUGUGCACGCCAACCGCGAGGAUGUGCGUGUGCAGCAGCUGCAGAAGCGAGUCGAGACGGCCAAGCCCUUGGGCAUGUGCAAGACGAGCGAUGGCGACUUUUUGCUGUGCUACGACGCCUUUGCUUGUUUUGUGGACCGCCUCGGCGAACCAACGCGACUGGAUCAGAUCAUCGAAUGGGAAGGCUUCCCCAAGCAGGUGGCAUUCUCAGGCAACUACGUACUUGCAUUCGAUCCGCGCUUCGUAGAGGUUCGCGAUGCGCUUACUGGGCGUUUGGUGCAGAUCAUGCGAGGCGUCGACCUGAGUUACGUAUCAGGCAACAGCACGGUAACAUCGGCUCACUCGGAAAGCGCGCAGAUAGCAGCUCUUGACGCUGAGCUCAACCCGGUCAUCUUCACAAGGCGGGAGCGCGUGGCUGGGCGCAUUUCUUUCGACUUUCAGAGGGUGGUUGAGCUAAGCCCGACUGGCCCACCAGACUCGCAUGCGUAUGUACCGCCGUUCCAACGAACCGCAACGGUCUUGUCAAACGGUAGCAGCUUGAGCGGUCGACCGUCAGGGCGACCAUCCGUGGCCAGCUCGGGCAACUGGAUCUGA